CUCCACUCUCUUACCUACCACGAGACCCCGGUGCCUUCCUCCCAGCAAGCUCGGUCCUAGACAAAUGCACAACACCCAGACAGACGGCAACAGAGGAAAUCAACAAAGCAACAACCCCAGAGGAGGCAUAACAUUGACAGAGAGCUGUUUGACUGCAGCUCUCAUCAGCAACCAGGAAACUCACAGAGCUGUUCGAAAUAAAACCAGGGAUAGAACCUGGAAACAUGAAGUCACUCCGAUUCCUUGCUGCUGAGGGCUUUGUCCAAAGUGGUCCGAGUGCUCUGGAGAACCUCAACAGUGUGUCUUUUAACCUCUACCCACUUCUCUUCAAGGCCUGCUACCUCCAUGAGCAGGCUGACUUGCUGCAUGAUUUGGUCCAGGCCUGGCCUCUUCCUGAGCUUAACCUACAAAGGCUGUUGGGAAAGACAGGCGACUGUCAGAUGGACCUCACCUCCUGCACCUGCCGGAUUUGUCUGGGGGCAAUUCUAACUGGCUUAAAGGAUUAUGUGCUGUCUCCACCAAGAAUCUAUACCAAGAGCCUGCAUGUUGUAGACAUAACUGCCCUCAAGGAUAUCGAGCACCAGGUCUGCCCUUGCCAGUCCACCUUGGGAAGAUGGGCAAGAACCCAGCUCUUGACUCAGAUGUGCUACGAGACCAUGGUGGCCAUGCAAGCCAUCGAUGCAUCCACAUCAGCCUUUGAAACAUCUAUUGAUGUCUAUCUGAAUGGUUUCAUCACAGGCCGCAAUUAUGAGCUGGUGGCUCAGGCCUUUCUCCUACUCCGCUACUGUCCACUGAAGCUUCACUUUGUUAGCUUUCGGGCUGACUCCCUCACUCUCAAGCAGCUGUUCUAUGUUCUUCGCCUGGCAGAACCUGAGUCAAUUUCAAAGCUGGAGGUGGUCCACAAUGUUCCCUUGGAGGCCAUACACUUGGAGGUGCUGCUGUCCAGGGUGGACUUCCCCAAGUUGAAGUCUUUGACCCUACCAGCUGGUGCGCUGGAUAUAAGGAGGUUGGGCUCUGAUGAUGAGGAUCUGCUGGCCACCGUUGGCAAUCUGCUGGCACAACUGAGCAGUCUGACUGAGCUCUGUGUGGGUUUCUCCAUUCUGACUGGACACCUACGCAGACUGCUAAAUCCUCUCAACACUCCACUGCAGUGCUUGGAGUUGGCAAACUGUCACCUGAACCGUGUCGACAUGACGUACCUUUCCAACAGCCUCCACAGUGAGGCCUUGGUCCGCCUGGACAUCAGUGGGCAUGACAUCUUCAGCGUUUUCUCCACGUGUUUCCACAAACUGCUCAGCCGUUGCUCUGCCACAUUGGCCAGCUUGGCCCUUGAAGAAUGCAGCAUAGAAGACGAGCACAUGGAUGCCUUCGCCAAUGCUCUGGUUUAUUGUCAGGAGCUGCAGGAGCUCAAACUCCUGGGGAAUCCUCUGACCUCUGCAGCCUUACGGAGGUUAUUCUCACUGCUAUCCACAGGCUUUCCUAAGUUAAAAUACAUAGAGGUACCAGUUCCCCGUGAGUGCUACUCUGAGGAUGUCACGUAUCCUCUUGAUGAUUCAGUCAUACUGCACUACAACAAGGAGUUGUUUCAGGAGGUCAGGGGCCAGCUGAUGGGGAUCCUGGAAGGAGCUGGUAGAGGGAAUGUGGAGGUGUGCACCCCACUUAUGGGGACUUAUGACCCAGACAUUAAUGAAACCAGCAACGAGCUGGGAGUGUCCAUGUUAAAAUCUUUUAACACCGUCAUUGGGAACUUUAUAGGAACCAUAACUGAUGUGGAUAACAGGAGAUCACAGGCUCAGAAAGAUUAGUAAUGGGGGGAUCAAAUAAAUGAACUGAUCAGCAAGGUCAUGAACUAAACGUGUGUGCAGCAGUUUAAAUUAUCAAAACAUAGAGAUGUUCAUGUUUUUUCAUCCCUGCAGAUAAUUUCAUGCUACUCAAAGCUGUGUUAUUAGACUUAAUUACACAGCUAUAUUUAUUUUAAUCUAGUGCUAGUUGACUAGCAAACUGUCAUCACUGAUCAGUACUUUCUUUCCAGUACUUCCUACAGUGUAAGCCAAACAGAUGUGCAGCGCAUAUAGAUGUAACUACUGUAGGUAGAUACUUGACGUUUGCCUGUAAUAUUGUCUUACCUAUAUCUAUUGUACAUGUUCUGAUGGCUAUAUUCUGGUUUAAAUGUUGUAUAUAUCUGGAUUUGUAAAGGUAAAUAGCACUUAUUUGAAACAUAGGACAGAUUUUUAGAAAGUAUACAAAUGUAACUGUUUCAUUUUGUCAUACCAAUAAAUCAAAUCUUCAACAGCC